AUGGACUUCGGCCGUGGCGCAGCGGCUGGUGGGGUGUCUCUCUCUGCCGGCCCUGGGUCCCCGUACAUCCCAUCCGAGAGUGUGGUGUUCCUGCUGUCGAGCCACGGGCUCUUCCUCAGCGCGGAACCUUCGGGGCGCGUCGUGGCCGACAAGGAGGAACCCAAGGAAGGGGAAACCUGGUACAUGACCCGCACCAACCAGCGCGUCACCCUCAUGUCCGCGCACGGCAAGUACCUCUGUGCCGAGCCUUCGGGCAGGCUUGUGGCCGAUAGAGAUCGGCCCGUGGUGUGGGAGUACUUUCUCAUUGAGUCUCACGGCUCGCUUGUGGCAUUCCGGUCGCACCACGGCAAGUACGUGUGCGCCGAGCCGAACUACGAGGUGCUGGCCAAUCGCAUCGCGGUGGAGACGUACGAGUGCUGGGACGUGAUUCCCGUCCUGGGCUACAGCCUGCAGCCGCCCACAAGUCGCCGCCCGGUUAUCGACCACUGCCAGUCGCUGCCCAUUCCUCCACACUCUCCGACCCACCAACCACAGGCCCACUACGGCCACCAUCAGCAGCCCCAGAACCAGAACCAGCCCCAGAACCAGCCGCACAGCGCUGAACACGCCUAUCUCCCACCUCCGGCUCAUUAUCACCAGCCCACGAGCCACAGCCUCCGCAUCCAUCCAACUACAGCCAUCACCAACCAUCAGCCCACCAUCAGUUCCAGCAGCAGCAACAGCAACAGCCGCAGCAGCAACAGCCGCCCCAAGGUGGAUACCAAUACCAGCAACCACCUCUUCACCAGCAGUAUUACCAGCCUCCCGCCGCUCAAUAUCAUCAACACUAUCAACCACCACCAGCUUACCACGAGCAGCCGCAUCAGCCACCACCAGCCCACCACCAGCCUCACUCGGGCCUCCCGCUGA